UUUUUUUCCUACUGUAUAAUUUGCUGUCCCAAUUAAAGUAAAGUAGCGCUGUUUGAUAAUUAAAACAGAAUUUGAUUACAAAUCUGAUAUUUUAAAAAUCGGUUUAUAUAAAAUAAAAAUAAACAGUUCUAAAAAAACAAAAAUUGUAACAUUAUUAUAAACCACAUUACUAGUCAUAAGCAUGGAUGAGUUUUACGGGUUGUUUCUCCUCGGUUUAUUUGUUCGUUUUAUUUUAAAGCAAGGCUAAUUCAAACUCACUCUAUUUACAUAAGAGUGUGCGACUACUUGAGCGAUUAUACGGUACUCGCCUGCAACUCGAAAACAUUACAGCGGAGCAUUAAUAGUGGAACACACAGCGGAAGUGAGAGAGGAAGCGCCAAAAUCAAAUAAUAACGCUUGGAUUUGGAGGACUGCAACGUUCAGACAGAACUAAAUCACAACAAUGGAGGAAAAUCUUACCUUUCCUGUUUAUAAAGUGGAAGAAAUUUUGGCCUUUCUUCGGAGUGAUGUCUUAGCUGGGCCAGAGGCAAGGAACUUUACCAAAAGUGACAUUGUCCCAACCCCAAAGCCUGAUUCUAUACAGAGACUGUACAUGAGAAUUCUACAGCUUGUGUUUGGAUUCAGGCCAGAUUGCCACUACAUGAUGCCAGUAAAUGAGAAUAUCCAGCACCCCUUAAUUUACGAAGGCAUUUUACCCAUCGCCAGCAUCUACCUUCGCAUGUGUCAGUUCCUGCCAAUGUGCCAUGUGUAUGACUUUCAAAUGAAUGAUCUUCUCAAUCCAAAAGCAAAAAGGACCAUCUUUAUUUUGUGUGGCAUCAUGAAUUUCCUUCACUUCAGAAACUUACGUCGUGAAAUAUACUUGGACCAUCUACAGGGUUAUAAAUCUGCUGUAGAGAAGUCGCAGAGCAUAGCAAAAGGAAUAAACGAGGCUGAACUGAAGAUUACUAAACUCACAACCAUUCCACCACAACAGCAAGCAGAGUUCAAAGAGUUGUCAGCAGCAGUUACAGACCUACAUCAUGCAAUGAGCCAAGAAUCUCAGGCAGUCAACUCAAUCAAUGAAGAGAUUGCACAGCUGAAAAGUGAACAUGCAGAGAAAACCUUAAAGCUGAACAAUAAAAAAGUGGAUUGGGCUACUUUGAAGGAAGAUCAGGCUAGACUAAAAUCUCUGAUUGUGGAAUCCCCAGAGGAGCUCAGGAAUGAAAAGGAAAAGAUGAAGGAGACUGUGAAGAAGAUCAAGCAGACUAUUGAAAAGACCAAUGUGAAUUUAGUGGAACUUCAAAAUAAAAUCCAGGGUUCAAUUAAGUGCCAAGAAGAAUUCCAGUCUUUCUACAAACUACAGCUGGAUUUACAAGGUGGAAUGGAGAAAAUGAACAGCUUAAUAGCUGAGAUUCGGAAUAUAAGUGAUGUAGUUGAGAGACAGAGGAAGGAUCUGAAGAAUAUGAGCACCGACGAGACUCAGUACAAACGAGCCGUGGGCAUGAAGAUGGACAAAAAGACCAAGCUGCAGAUCAGAAGGCAGAAGAAGCAAGAAGUGAAGGAUCAACAAGUUCAAAUAAUGUUUGGUGAGUGUAACCAGGUUCAGGAUAAAAGGGAGGAUGUCCUGAAGCAAAUCAAACAGGUCAUUGAUGAAAAUCAGCAGGUCAAGGCAAAGCUGCAGUUUCUAACAGAAUGCUGCUCAAAUGAGACUGCAAAAGCUCAGGCGCUCUAUGACAGUCUGAUGGGUGUCCUGGAGCAAUACCACGAGCGUCUGGCAAGGCAUGCAGAGAAGAGCAUAGAAAGGAAGAUGUGUGAAAUGGAAAUAAAUACUUUUCCUGAGUUUAAAGUUGAUGAAAUUCUAGCUUUCCUGCAGAAUGACGUAUUGGAUGGGCCAGACGCAAGGAACAUUCUCAAAAGUGAUAUUGUUCCAAACCCUAAGCCAGAUUUAAUUCGGAGACUGUACAUGAGAAUACCGCAAAUUGUGUUUGGUUUCAGGCCAGAUAGCAACCACAUGGUGCCGGUAAAUGAACACAUACAGUACCCAGUGCUUUUGGAAGGCUUUCUACCUAUUUGCAACAUCUGCCUUUGCAUGACCAUUCCACCAGAGCAGCAAGCAGAGUUCAAUAAGUUGUCUUCAGAAAUUUUAGAUCUUCAGAAUGCAAUGAGUCAAGAAUCUCAGAGGGUGAGUGCUGUCAAUGAACAGAUUGCACAGCGGAAAUGUGAACAUUCAGAGGUGACCCAAAUGUUGAGCAAGAAAAAAGUAGAUUUGGCUACUUUGAAGGAAGAUCAUAUUAAACUGGAAUCUCUGAUUGUGGAAUCCCCGGAAGAGCUCAGGAAUGAGAAGGAAAAGCUGAAGGAGACUGUGAAGAAGAUCAAGCAGUCUAUUGAUAAUAAAAAUGUGGUAUUGGUGGAACUUCAAAACAAAAACCAAACUUCAAGCCUGUGUCAUGGAACAUUUGAGUCUUUUUACAAACUUUUGGAAGAUUUACAAGGUUUAGUGGAGAAAAUGAACGUCUUGCAAUCCGAGAUCCAUGAUCUGACUGAUGGCAUUGAGAGACAGAGGAAGGAUCUGAAGAAUAUGAGCACCGACGAGACUCAGUACAAACGAGCUGUGGGCAUGAAGAUGGACAAAAAGACCAAGCUGCAGAUCAGAAGGCAGAAGAAGCAAGAAGUGAAGGAUCAACAAGUUCAAACAGUCUUCAGUGAGUGUAACCAGGUUCAGGAGAAAAGAGAGGAUAUCCUGAAGCACAUGAAACAGAUUGAUUGUGAAACUCAGCAAAUUAGGGCAACAAUACAACUUUUAACCGAGACCUGCACCCUUGAGACAGAAAAAGCCCAAGCGAUGCAUGACAGACUGAUGGCUGUGGUGGAUCAAUACCAUGAGCGUCUGGCAAGGCUUGCAGAAAAUGGCACAGGAAUUGAAUGAGCCUUUUUGAGUAUGUAAAGAAAGUAAUGUGAAGUGUAUAUGUUUUCCUCUAUUUACAAAUAAAGAAUGUUACCAGCACUUUGUGGUAGAG